UGGUGAAACUAAGUUAUGGCGACUAUUGUGGUAGAAGCACUUCUUUCAGCUACUUUGGAUCUGUUGUUGAAAAAAAUUGUUGCUGAAGAUUUCGUGGAUUUCAUUCGGAGUACCAAACUUGAUGUUGCACUGUUGGAAAAGCUGAACGUAACACUGCUGAGUCUGCAAGCUGUACUUCAUGAUGCUGAGGAGAAGCAGAUCACCAACCCUGCUGUCAAGAAAUGGCUGGAUCUGUUGCGAGAUGCUGUCUUUGAAGCUGAUGAUUUGUUUGACGAAAUCAACACUGAGGCUUUGCAGCGCAAAGUGGAAGGUGAGGAUGAAAACCAAACUGCUUCUACUAAGGUGCUCAAAAAACUCUCUUAUCGUUUCAAAAUGUUUAAUAGAAAGAUCAACUCUAAACUGCAAAAGCUAGUUGGUAGAUUAGAACAUUUGAGCAACCAGAAUCUUGGUUUAAAAGGUGUUUCCAGCAAUGUUUGGCAUGGAACUCCUACAAGCUCUGUUGUGGGGGAUGAAUCUGCUAUUUAUGGCAGAGAUGAUGACAAAAAGAAACUGAAAGAGUUUCUACUUGCAGAGGAUGUUAGUGAUUGUGGGCGUAAAAUAGGAGUGAUUUCCAUUGUGGGGAUGGGAGGGCUAGGAAAAACAACACUUGCUAAACUCCUUUACAAUGACCAUGAAGUGAAGGAGAAAUUUGAUUUAAGAGGGUGGGCACAUAUCUCAAAAGAUUUUGAUGUUGUCACCGUCACUAAAACCAUUCUUCAAUCUGUCACUUCAAAAAGAAAUGACACUGAUGACUUGAAUAUUCUACAGGUGCAAUUGCAACAAAGUUUACGAAGUAAAAAGUUUUUGCUUGUACUCGAUGACAUAUGGUAUGGAAAGUAUGUUGACUGCUGGAAUAAUUUGAUCGACAUCUUUAGUGUUGGGGAAAUGGGAAGUAGGAUCAUCAUCACAACAAGAUUUGAAAGCGUUGCAGCAACCAUGCAAACCUUUCUUCCAGUCCACAAACUGGAACCUCCGCAAGGAGAUGAUUGCUGGUCUUCGCUUUCCAAAUAUGCAUUUCCAACAAGCAACUACCAACAACGAUCCAAUCUAAAAACAAUUGGCAGAGAAAUUUCAAAAAAAUGUGAUGGUUUACCAUUAGCUGCAAUAGCAAUAGGAGGUCUUCUUCGCACCAAACUAUCACAAGAUUAUUGGAAUGAUGUAUUAAAAAGUAAUAUUUGGGAAUUGACAAAUGAUGAGGUGCAACCAUCUCUGCUAUUGAGCUAUCAUCAUCUUCCUGCUCCUUUAAAAGGAUGUUUUGCUUACUGUUCAAUUUUUUCGAAGAAUUCAAUCUUAGAGAAAAAAACGGUAAUUCAGUUGUGGAUUGCAGAAGGUUUAGUACCUCAGCCUCAAACUGAAAAAAGUUGGGAAAAGGUAGCCGAAGAAUACUUUGAUGAACUAGUGUCGAGGUGUCUGAUACGUCAAAGGUCCAUUGAUGAUCUUGAAGUAAACUUUGAGAUGCAUGAUCUCGUCAAUGAUUUGGCUAUGACAGUUUCAUCUCCGUAUUGUAUUAGGUUGGACGAACAGAAGCCACAUGAAAGAGUACGUCAUUUGUCAUACAAUAUAGGGGAAUAUGACUCGUACGAUAAAUUUGACCAUUUGCAAGGGUUAAAAAGUCUACGAACAAUCCUACCAUUGCCAUUGCAUCCAAGGUUCUCGUCUUACAAUUUUGUGUCGAGGAAGUUAGUUUAUGAGUUGCUGCCACAGAUGAAACAGUUACAUGUGUUGUCUCUGUCAAACUACCAUAAUAUCACUGCGUUGCCCAACUCUAUUGGAAAUUUGAUAUACCUGCGAUACUUAAAUGUCUCUCACACUAGUAUUGAAAGGUUGCCUUCUGAAACAUGCAAGCUUUACAAUCUACAGACCUUAUUGUUGUCAUAUUGCUAUAGUCUCACUGAAUUACCGAAAGACAUGGGGAAAUUAGUGAAUCUACGCCACCUUGACACUAGAGGUACUCGAUUGAAGGAAAUUCCUGUGCAAGUAUCCAAACUAGAAAAUCUACAAACCUUGUCGGACUUUGUUGUCAGCUCUGAGGACGUCGGGUUGAAGAUUGCAGAUAUUGGAAAAUAUUCCCAUCUACAGGGAAGCCUUUGCAUCUCAAAGCUUCAAAAUUUAACUGACCCAUCCCAUGCUUUUCAAGCAAAACUGAUGAUGAAAAAACAAAUUGACGAGUUGCAACUAGAAUGGUCUUACUCUACAAGUUCACAAUUACAAAGUGUUGUAUUAGAACAGUUGCAUCCAUCUACAAAUUUGAAGAAUCUCACUAUCUCUGGCUAUGGUGGAAACAACUUUCCAAGUUGGUUGGGUGGUUCUUUAUUUGGCAACAUGGUGUGUUUGAAGAUUUCAGACUGUGAUAACUGUCCAAGGUUGCCACCCUUGGGGCAAUUAGGUAAUCUUAGGAAGCUCUUUAUUGACAAGAUGAAUUCAGUCAAGAGUAUUGGUAUUGAACUCUAUGGAAGUGGUUCUCCUUUGUUUCAACCAUUUCCUUUAUUGGAGACUCUUGAAUUUGAUAUGAUGCUAGAGUGGAAAGAAUGUAAUUUGACAGGAGGUACAUCUACAAUGUUUCCUCGUCUAACACGUCUGUCACUGCGAUAUUGUCCGAAACUCAAAGGAAACAUACCCCUUGGACAAUUAAGUAAUCUAAAAGAACUAUAUAUUGAAGGGAUGCACUCAGUAAAGACACUUGGUAGUGAGUUCUAUGGAAGUAGUAAUUCUCCUUUGUUUCAACCAUUUCUCUCCUUGGAGACUCUAACCUUUAGGUAUAUGAAAGAGUGGGAGGAAUGGAAGCUAAUUGGAGGUACAUCUGCAGAGUUUCCUAGUCUUGCACGUUUGUCACUAUUUUAUUGUCCGAAACUCAAAGGAAACAUACCGGGCAACCAUCCCAGUCUUACAAAUUACUUUAAAAGACAUUCCAUCUCUAACAUCCUUCCCGAGAGACAGUCUUCCAAAAACCUUGCAAUCUCUUAUAAUAUGGAAUUGUCGUAA